AUGGCUUCGCUGUUUCAAAUGGAUCGGGUGCUCUAUCAGUGCGGAUGUGAAGACUGGUGGCCUCUCUGUAACCUCUAUUUUUGCCGACACUGCUCCAUACUUCGAUGCAUAUCAUGCAGUCUCAACGAAAUUGAUUCAACCUUCUGUCCAAACUGCUUGGAGAACAUUCCAGCUGGCGAGGCUCGAGUGAAGAAGAAUAGAUGCAUCAACUGUAACCAGUGCCCAGUAUGCUCAAUGGUAUUAACAACAAGAGCAGUUGGUGAAUCAUGCCACUUAAUGUGUUCAACCUGUCGAUGGUCAACUAGGGACUCAGGCACGCCUGACCAGCCAUCCAGCAUAAAUUGGCCUGUGUGA